UGCUUCCGGGUGAGCUGUGCCUGCAGUAACAUGGCUGCCAGAAUUUACAUCCAGAGUGAUUGGGCUCAGAGCCUCAGGAAGGUUGGUGGAGAAGCCUGGCUGUCCUGCAAGAUCGCAGGGAAACCUACAGUGUACGGGGGCCUGAAAUGCCAGGCAGUCGGUCCGGACGGAAUUCCGGAAAUCACUUCUUCUGAUGAGUUUGUGGUGCGUGAAAUCUCCAAGAAAAGUAUAGCUAUCUCCUGUCCCGCAGAAAACGUAUCCAGUACAUUUCUCUCUCCGUACACCGGCUUCUCAAGGAUCCACGCAAAAAGUAUAACUUGUAUGGAUAUCUCCAGCGGAGGAGGCCUCGGAGUCUCCACCAGCACAGACGGGUCAAUGAAGAUCUGGCAGACCAACAACGGGGAAGUGAGAAGAGUUCUGGAAGGCCAUGUCUAUGAUGUCAAUUGCUGCAUGUUUUUCCCAUCCGGAAUGGUGGUGCUCAGCGGGGGGAUGGACGCGCAGGUGAAGAUAUGGUCCGUGGAAGAUGCCAGCUGCCCCGUUACACUCAAAGGUCACCGAGCAGGGAUCCUGGACCUGGCCGUGGUGGAUCGCGGGAGGAACGUCGUAUCGUGUUCUCGCGAUGGGACCGCCAGGUUGUGGGACUGCGGGAAGUCGUCCUGCCUCGCCGUGGUUGCCGAAUGCGGCGCUCCGAUUAACGGUAUAGCUUUAGGCGUGCCGGACAAUACCGUGAAUCUAAGGACCCCGGAAGAACCCCCGAGUGACCGGGAGAUCGGGACGGAACAGAAGCUGCUGCUCCUCGCGAGAGAGGAUAAGAAGCUGCAGGGAGUCGCUCUGCACAGCCGGGCUCCGGUUUUUGUCUUUGAAGGCUCUGACGCUUUUAACUGCUGCACCUUCCUGUCCAGCGUCGGCGUCCUGGCCGGCUGUCACGAUGGCAACAUAUACCAGCUCGAUGUCCGCAAUACAAAGGCCCCAGUGCGGAGCGCGUGCAGAUCCGGGGCCCCGGUGCUGUCGUUGCUCCCCUUCCAAGACGGAUACGUCGCCAGUCAAGGGGACGGGACCUGCUUUAUUCAGCGCGGUUCUGACAUCGUUCUGGAACUCACCGAACCGGACUGCGACCCGGUAUACAAGGCGGCAGCCACAGAUAAGCUGAUUUACACUUGCUGUAGAGAUGGAAUUAUCCGGAAGUAUCUGCUGACAGACCUCUAAUCAACGUUCAGACGUUUUGGGACAUUCUGGAUGCCGGUAUUUAAUGCAUUAUCUGCAGCCGAGCCAAAACCGGACCAAAAGGAUACAUGUUUCUUACAGAAAAAAAAGUUUUGCUGGGAAGAUGAACAUUUUUUGUUUCUUUUCUGGUCCUUUUUGGGACUCGGGUUUGAAAGAAUUGAUAAAAAAAAGGCAACUGCCAAAAAGCUUCUAUGUAGCCAAAAAAUGUAAGGUUAUUAAAGUAUUGGUUGUUUCGUAACAA